AUGGAGGAAAUAAAAAAUCUUCGAGAUGAUAAUAAGGGCAAGGACAAACACAUUGAAAAUCUGAAAGAAAAAAACAUUCAGUGUGAAGAUACCAUAAACAGUUUGCAGAAAGAGCUGAGGAAUCUUGACCAACAGAAAAAUGAAAUGGAGAUAAAUAUGGCCCAUAUGAAGAAACAAAAAACUGAGCAGGAAGAGAAGAUCGGAGAUUUGGAAAACGAGGUCCGGACAUUGACUGAAGACAAAAGGAAACUAGAGACUGAAAAGAAAAUGCAAUUUAGAGAUCUAAUGGAGGAAAUCCAAAAUCUUCGAGAUGAAACUAUGGGCAAGGACAAACACAUUGAAAAUCUGAAAGAAAAUAACAUUCAGUUUGAAGAUACCAUAAACAGUUUGCAGAAAGAGCUGAGGAAUCUUGACCGACAGAACAAUGAAAUGGAGAUAAAUAUGGCCCAUAUGAAGACCGAAAAAACUGAGCAGGAAGAGAAGAUCGGAGAUUUGGAAAAUAGAUUUGAUAAGGAAGUUAAUGACCUCAAGCACAGGCUGAUAAACUAUCAAGAUAUGAAUACAGAAAAGGAAGCAGAGAUUGAAAGGUUUAACAAAGAAGCGACUGAACAGGAAGAGAAAAUACAAGAUCUUGAGAAAAUACUCCAGAAUUUACUUGAAGAAAAGAAGAAAUUUAUAAAUGAAGUGGAAAACAAAGUAAAUAACCUUAGUAAAGAGCUCAUUAAACAGCAGGAUCUGAAUAAGGAAAUGAAGGAGGAGAAUGAAAAGUUUAAAAGAGAAAUUGUUGAAUUGAGACAAACGAUUGAAGGUCAGGAAGAUGAGGUCAUCACCUUAAUGGAAGAAAAGAAGAGCCUAAAAGCUGAACAGGAAAAGGAAAUAAAUGACCUCAAAGUAGAGUUGCUCAACCUCCAAUCUCUAAACAUGGAAAGGGAGGAGAAGGUAAAACAAGUUGAAAAAGAAUUAUUUGAACAUGGACAACUAAUUCAUAGUUUGGAAGAUGAGGUCAUCGCCUUAAUGGAAGAAGAGAAAACCCUGAAAGCUGGAUUGGAAAAUGAAAUAAAAGACCUCAAAGAAGAAUUGCUCAACCUCCAAUCUCUAAACAUGGAAAAGGAGGAGGACCUGAAACAAUUUGAAAAAGAACUAACUGAACGUGGACAAAUGAUUCAUAAUUUGGAAGAUGAGGUCAUCGCUUUGAUGGAAGAAAAGAAGACCCUGAAAGCUGGACAGGAAAAGGAAAUAAAUGACCUCAAAGUAGAGUUGCUCAACCUCCAAUCUCUGAACAUGGAAAAGGAGGAGGACCUGAAACAAUUUGAAAAAGAGCUAACUGAACGUGGACAAAUGAUUCAUAGUUUGGAAGAUGAGGUCAUCGCCUUAAUGGAAGAAAAGAAGAGCCUAAAAGCUGGACAGGAAAAGGAAAUAAAUGACCUCAAAGUAGAGUUGCUCAACCUCCAAUCUCUAAACAUGGAAAAGGAGGAGGAUCUGAAACAAUUUGAAAAAGAAUUACUUGAACGUGGACAGAUGAUUCAUAAUUUGGAAGAUGAGGUCACCGCCUUGAUGGAAGAAGAGAGGACCCUGAAAAAUAAAACGGAAAAGGAAAUAAAUGACCUCAAAGACGAGUUGAUCAACCUCCAAACCCUGAAUAUGGAAAAGGAGGAGGAGCUGAAAAAAUCUGAAAAAGAAGUAGUUGAACGUGGACAAGUAAUUCAGGGCUUGGAAAAUGAGAUUGUCUCUUUGAGGGAAGAAGAAAAGUGCCUGAAAACUAAAAUGGAAAAUGAAAUAAAUGACCUCAGAGAACAGUUGCUCAACCUCCAAUCUCUGAACAUGGAAAAGGGCAAGGAGAUUGGAAAGUUGAAUAAAGAGGUAAUUAAAACUGGAGAGGCAAUUGUGGGUCUGGAAAAUGAGAUAAUCGAGUUGAUUGAGGAUAAUCAGAAGAGGAAAACUAAGAUGGAAGAGGAAAUAACCGACCUCAAAGAAGAGUUGGUUAACCUGCACGAUAUGAAUUUGGAAAAAGACAAGGAGAUUGAAAAGUUCAAAUACGAAGCUAUUGAAAUUGGAAAGGCAAUUAAAGGUUUGGAAAAUGAAGUAAUUGAGUUGAUGGAAGAUAAUCAGAAGAGGAAAACUAAGAUGGAAGAGGAAAUAACCGACCUCAAAGAAGAGUUGGUUAACCUGCACGAUAUGAAUUUGGAAAAAGACAAGGAGAUUGAAAAGUUCAAAUACGAAGCUAUUGAAAUUGGAGAGGCAAUUAAAGGUCUGGAAAUGAAGUAA